AUGGACCACGACUUUGAGAUGCAGCCGCAUGGGGCCCCCGGCCCCGGAAACUCCUCCCGCAGCCACCUGCUGGGCCGCCCAGCCCGCCCCUCUAAGCUCCCCGGCGGGGUGUCACCUCUCAUCCCUGUUCUCAAGAAGACCUUCCAUCUGGAUGCUUUCUCCCCAAGCCACAUCCCACAGGCUUCCAGCCGACCGGGCCUUGGAGCGAGGGCCUGGAGCGAGUCCUCCCAGGAGACUGGCAAGAGCCUGGCAUCCAGGAAGUUCAGUUCCAUCUCCUUAACAGUCCAUCCGCACAGGCAGGCACGGCCCCUGGGCCCCCUGCCUUCUCACUGGGAAGAGCUGUCCAGCCCGGGCAGGGAGGCAGCCACCCACGGAGGAAGGAGGCUGCCCACAGUUGGCUCGUCAUCAGUGACCCUAGUGCCAGGGGACAGGGUCCACUCCGAGGGCCCAGGGAACCCAGGUCUGGCCAAACCCAGCAGGAUGCCCACAGUGGAGAAGCCCCUGGUGAGCUCGUACCUGACCCUACCAUUCCAGUCCCGCUUGGCUCCGAGUCCACCAGGUCCUGCGGGGCCAGGCUCAGUGGGUCCAAGGCACCCCGUUCCAGUGACUGCACACGUUCCUGCCAGAGCUUCUCCAGGAAGAGGCAAACCCCGGUCCAGGGGUAUUCCAAGACCCCGGCUCCAUCUCCAAAGGGCCUCCCCUACCACAGGGCCCGCGAUGGCCAUGGACUUGGCUGCUCUGGAUACAAGGCCACGCACAGCCAGCCGUUUAUCCACAAGGACCACCAACAGACCCGGCUUGACUGUCAACUUGGCUACACCAAAUCCAUCCAGACUGGACACAGGCAUUGAGUCCCCUGAUCUGGAUACCAAUCUGGGCUCGGCCGUGGAUGGGGCUACAGUAGGCACAAGCAAGCCUGGCAGGGGCAUGGACUCGGUAACUCCAGACCCGGACAAGGUGGGCAAAGCCAUAGCCACAGAGGGCAUAGCCAAGCCAAAAUCCACCACAGGGGGUGCAGCCAUGGAACGGGCAGCCCCAGAUCCAGUCAAGCUGGGCACAGCCAGGCCGGACACAGUCAUGCUGGUGAACACAGCCAAGCUGGGUGUGACUACGAAUUCUCCAGCUGUGGAUAUAAGCAGGUUGGUCAUAGCCAUGGGUCCAGCUGUGCCAGUCACCCCAGACCCGGCUGCUGGUGAGACCACACUGGAUGGUGUCAUCAACCUGGCGACAUCAGACGUUGCCACCCAGCCAUCAAUGCUGAGCCGAAGCACAGAUGCAGCCCUGGGCCACCCUACAGCAGAUGCUGCUACGGACUGGGCCGCAGAGCUGGACCGGGCCAGAGAAACCAAAGGGCUCCCGGAGACCAGGACGGACGCAGCCAUGUCAGAGCUGGUGCCUGAGCCCAGGCCUAAACCGGCAGUGCCCAUGAAGCCCGUGGGCAUCAACCCCAACCUGCUGGGCUACAUCGGCAUCGACACCAUCAUCGAGCAGAUGCGCAAGAAGACCAUGAAGACCGGCUUCGACUUCAACAUCAUGGUGGUCGGUCAGAGUGGACUGGGCAAGUCAACACUGGUCAACACCCUCUUCAAAUCCCAAGUGAGCCGCAAGGCCUCCAGCUGGAACCGGGAGGAGAAGAUUCCCAAGACAGUGGAGAUCAAAGCUAUUGGGCAUGUGAUCGAGGAAGGUGGUGUCAAGAUGAAGCUGACUGUCAUUGACACCCCGGGCUUUGGAGACCAGAUCAACAAUGAAAACUGCUGGGAGCCCAUUGAGAAGUACGUCAACGAGCAGUACGAGAAGUUCCUGAAGGAGGAGGUGAACAUCGCCAGGAAGAAACGCAUCCCUGACACCCGCGUCCACUGCUGCCUCUACUUCAUCUCUCCGACCGGACACUCCUUGCGACCUCUCGACCUGGAGUUCAUGAAACACCUCAGCAAAGUUGUGAACAUCAUUCCCGUCAUUGCUAAGGCUGACACCAUGACCCUGGAGGAGAAGUCUGAAUUCAAGCAAAGGGUUCGGAAGGAGCUUGAAGUGAACGGCAUUGAAUUCUACCCCCAGAAGGAAUUUGAUGAGGAUUUGGAGGAUAAGACAGAGAAUGACAAAAUCCGGCAGGAGAGCAUGCCUUUCGCUGUGGUGGGAAGUGACAAGGAGUACCAAGUGAAUGGCAAGCGGGUCCUCGGCAGAAAAACUCCCUGGGGCAUCAUUGAAGUGGAAAACCUCAACCACUGUGAGUUUGCCCUGCUUCGAGACUUUGUCAUCAGGACGCACCUCCAGGACCUCAAGGAAGUGACACACAACAUCCACUAUGAGACCUACAGGGCCAAGCGUCUUAAUGACAAUGGAGGCCUCCCCCCGGGAGAAGGCCUCCUGGGCACUGUCCUUCCACCUGUGCCAGCCACCCCCUGCCCCACUGCCGAAUGA